CAGCUCUAAAUAGUUAGAUUCUUGGCUAAUUUUGGUGCCUAGAUAACAUUAAAGUGCGAGUGCUGACUAACCGUAGCGACGGGUCGCCUUCAGUAUGGGCGUCGCUAAGCGAACAACGAUCAUGGCCUAAAACAAGGCUGCCAUGUUGACAUGUGAAAUUUGCGGGGAGGACGUGCCCUCAGAAGCGGAGAUGAGGUCACACUUGCUCCUCAGUCACCUGGAGGCCCAGGUCAGGUGCCCUCUCUGUUCGCUAGCAGGCGUGUCUUACGACGAACUCCAGCUCCACAUCAACACAGCCCACGCAGAGGGAGGGGCCUUGUUGCAGUGGAAAUGCACCAGCAUAGGGACUGGCCAGACUGGUGCUGGACCUGAUCUAAAGUGUUCGCUGGUAAUCUCCAACAAAGGUGCAAGGGGUGCGUCCAGCUGUAAUGGUGCUACCAAUAUGGACCGCUCUAAUAGGGUGGCCUGUGCGGCUGUUUCAGAUGACACUGCCAAUGAAGAAUGCUCUGUCAGGGUGGCCGGAAAUGGUGCUUCAGGUUACUUGUCCAAUGAGGGCAGCUCUGACAGGGUGGCCAGUGAGGGAAUCUCUGACAAAGCAGCUGACUGGCAGCCUGGAGUUUGUCCUGGCUACAGACCAAGCCCUAGGGCAGUGUGUUUGUCACAUCAGAACAAAACUCGGGUGAAUGGACAUGCCUGCACUCCCCAAGGGGACAGUGUGUGCACUCGCAACAGUGGAGCGGACCAGGAACCCGUCAAAACGAAACAUAAGCGCCUGUCUUCCCCUAGGAAAGAGAAGCUCCUUCCCUGCCCAAUGUGUUCUUUGGUGUUCAGUGACUGCUUCAUCCUGCAGGAACAUGUAGAGCUGCACCUGCAGGAGAAGGAUGUGAUUGAAGGUGAUCGUGCUCAGGGUCACAAGUGUCCCCUGUGUUCCCUGAGCUGUUCCGACAGCAGCUCUCUGCAGCUGCACGUGGAGCUCCAUCUGGAGGCUGGGACAGAGAGCACUCGCUCUGACCUGCAGCUGGCCAGGCGACUUCAGCAAGAAGAGGACGAGAGGAGGAAGGCAGAGGAAGCCAAACGCGAGGCAGAGGAAUUCAAGAAGCUGCAGAAGCAGUUUGGCCUCGACGGCAGAGGGGGCUACCGCAGACAGAUUGAGAGGAACAUGGAGAAGGCGGUGUCCCGUGGUCACAUGGUCCCUGCGGAGUUCCACAGGAAGAGGGCGGAGGUGAUGGAGUCACUGGCCUCGGGGGUAGAUGACGGAAGGACCAGAACAUCGGGUUUGAUGGCUGCCUUAUAUGAAUAUUAUCAGAGGGAGGGGUCUGACACUGCCCACGUGUGGCUGAGCUCUGAGACUGACCACUACUCUUCCUCUGAUGGGGACCGCGGCUGGGGGUGUGGCUACAGAAACUUCCAGAUGCUGCUUUCCUCCCUUCAUAAGAUGGAGGUUUACAAAGGCUGUUUCACCGAUGGAACAGUUCCAAGCAUUCCACGAGUGCAAGCCCUUCUGGAGGAGGCCUGGAAGCAAGGGGUGGACCCCCAGGGGGCGUCCCACUUCAGCCGCAAGCUGCAGGGCUCCUCAGCCUGGAUAGGGGCCACGGAAAUCUACUCUCUCUUCACCUCCUUUGGAGUCAGGGCUCGUAUUGUGGACUUCCACCAGCCCACUGGCUCGGGGAACACCCACCCCCGGCUCUUUGAGUGGGUGAAGAGGUACUUCUCCACCUCGGCCUGCAGGGGCGCUAGACUACCCCCCAGGGUGAUGCAGACCAUGCAGCCCCCCAUAUACCUGCAGCACCAAGGUCACAGUCGCUCCAUCGUGGGCGUGGAGCAGAGAAAGAACGGAAGCCUGUGCCUCCUCAUCUUUGACCCGGGCUGCCCCCCGGGGGACAUGAGGAGACUGCUCGCUCGUGACGUCACGGGCACGGGUUUGCGGCACCUCAGAAAGCACCCUGGUGGCCUGAAGCACACUCAGUACCAGAUAGUGGCUGUAGACGGUGUGCUGUCCCCAGAGGAGAAACAGACGCGGAUUGUGAACUCCAGAAACCUGCGUGCCGAGAGGGUUCCCUGAUGCUCCGUGUACAAGUUUGUUUUUAUUUGUUUUUAAUUUUUCACUGCGAUAAUUUAUUAUAACGUUCUGAUAAUUACAAUGUGUGUACAUAGUUGAGGCUUUAUUGAGAUAAUAAAGGAUGGUGAUUUCUUGA